AUGUACAGGCGCCCUACGAGCCCCCAGGGUCCCAUGGCCACGGUGGCCGCCAUCGUCGCUGCACAGAACUAUGACUCUGAGGAGCACCCGCACUUUGAGAGAAGGCGGUGGUAUCCCACGAAGCGUGCCCCAAACCUGCCAUUUGUGGCGACUGUCUGCAUGGGCGUGCUGGCUCUCCUGGUGGGCUUGAGCUUUCUGUUCUCAGCCAUGGUCAACCACCGGGUGGACGCCGUCCGUGACUACGAUGCGGAGGUGCAGCAUUGGCAGGACGUGGACAGACCGCAGCUGGAGCAGGCGCAGGUCCAGCUGGUGGCCACGUUGCCGCCGCAGCGCCCGGGCGGCGAGCCCGUCACGCUGCGGGGGAGUUUAGAGCCAAUGGAGGAGGACGACUGGAGCUUCGCAGACGCCGAGGAUGGCCUUGGUGUGGAGGAUUACAAGCCCUUGAGCUUUCGGAUACGCCUGGAGCUGCCAUGUUACUACAACAACUGCUCCAUGGUCGAGGCGAACUGGCGCGGCCACCUCUCCCCUAGGGACGAGUGGGAGGAUGAGAUCUUGCCCUCCUGGGACGAG